GAGUUGUUGGUAGUUUUACAACCUCACACAAGAAAGAUUAUUAUAGUAGCAGAGAUGGCUGUUAACAUCAUUGCAGUUGCUAUUGUGAUACCCAAACUCAAUGAAAAGAUUCCUUCCGACGACACCCUCUUUCUGAAGUUUGCUAGCUCCGAUUUGGAUAGAGAUGGACAGCAAAAGUCACUGAUUGGAGGUGAGGCGAAAUUAAUCCAAAAUGAAUCAUCGGAGCAAAAAUACAAGUACGUUGCUAAAAUUGAAGUUCCAAAAGGUUUUGGAGAAAUUGGAGCUGUGAUUGUUGAAUUGAAAGACAACUCGACUGAAAAGUUUAUCGAUACUGUUCAUAUUGCAAACUCGACAUCUCAAAACUUAGUUACGUUCAGCUGCAACUCAUGGGUCCAACCCAAGAAUCUUAUUCCUGACCAACGCAGGAUCUUCUUUUCCACUAAGUCCUAUUUGCCCGAAGACACACCGACAGGACUGGUGAAGCUGAGAGUAGAAGACCUUGCGAACUUGAAAGGCCAAAAAGCUGAUGGAACAGUAGAUACGAAUGAGCGUAAGGCGUUUGAAAGAAUUUAUGAUUACGAUGUCUACAACGACCUCGGAGAUCCUGAUGUAGACAUGAAAUGGAAAAGACCUGUUCUUGGUGGUUCAAAUCAAUAUCCUUACCCUCGACGUUGUAGAACUGGUCGUCCUGCUUCUGUAUCAGAUCCAAGGUCAGAACGAAGGGGUGAAGAAAGCUUUUAUGUUCCUCGUGAUGAAGCAUUCUCAGAGGUGAAGCAGAAAAUGUUCCCAUCUAACCCAGGGAAGAAAGAUAAGUUGGGAACCAAGCCUUUCUCCGACUUCACUCAGGUCGACUUAAUGUUUAGAGAUGGCAUUGAAAUCCCACCUGCUGCUCAUGAAAUUCUUAAAUUUAAUAUAAUGUCCACGCUCAAUUUCUCUAAUCAACCUGCCCCACCUUCUGUUGAGCCUAGUAUUAUUCAACCUGACAAGGCCCAGUUAAUUAAAUUCCCACCACCUGAAGCCCUAAAGAGAGACAAGUUCAAUUGGCUUAGUGAUAGUGAAUUUGCAAGACAGACACUUGCUGGUCUCAACCCUUACUGUAUACAAUUGGUCAAGAGUUGGCCUUUGAAGAGUGAGCUCAACCCUGAGGAAUAUGGACCUCCAGAAUCAGGAUUCACCACCGAACUAGUUCAAAAAUUAAUAGGAAAUUCCAUCACAGUUGAAGAGGCAAUAACACAGAAGAAAUUAUUUGUAUUGGAUUACCAUGACACUUUAAUGCAAUAUGUAGAGAAAGUACGAAGUAUUAAACGGACGACAUUAUAUGGAUCAAGAACGUUGUUCUUCUUAAAUGCUGAUGACACUUUGACGCCCUUGGCCAUUGAGCUAACUCGACCACCAAUGGCUGGGAAACCCCAAUGGAAACAAGUUUUCUCACCCAGCACUCAUGCCACAAAUGCCUGGUUAUGGAGGCUUGCUAAAGCCCAUGUUCUUGCUCAUGAUUCUUGUGUUCACCAACUCAUUAUUCAUUGGCUUAGAACUCAUUGUUGCAUGGAGCCAUAUGCAAUCGCCUUAAACAGACAAUUGAGUACUAUGCACCCAAUCUAUAGACUAUUGCAUCCUCAUUUUAGAUUCAAUAUGCGGAUCAACUCAAAUGCUCGUGAAAUUCUAAUCAAUGCUGGAGGCAUCAUUGAGAGCACAUUUUCUGCUGCAUCUUAUUCCAUGGAAUUUAGCUCUUUGGUGUACAAGAAGGAGUGGCAAUUUAACACACAAGCAUUGCCCGAGGACUUAAUUCGCAGGGGAAUGGCGGAAAGAGAUGAAAGUGCACUACAUGGUCUUAAGUUGGCCAUCAAAGACUACCCUUUCGCCAACGAUGGUCUAAUCCUAUGGGAGGCCUUAGUGGAAUGGAUGACAGAAUAUGUGAACCACUAUUACCCAAAUGAGAAAGCAAUAAAGAACGAUAAAGAGUUGAAAGCUUGGUGGAAAGAAAUCAAGGAAAAGGGACAUCCAGAUAAAAAGAAGGAAGCAGGAUGGCCCUCACUAAAAACCCCCAAAGACCUUAUUCAAAUCGUGUCAACCAUAGCUUGGGUAGGAUGUGGGCACCACUCAGCUGUCAACUUCAUUCAAUACGCACAUGCAGGCUAUUUUCCUAGCCGACCUAGUAUUGCAAGGACAAACAUGCCCACAGAGGACUUUGACCAAAUUCCAGAAGAGUUUAUAAGCAAUCCUGAAGGUGUGAUGCUUGAAGCCUUUCCUUCAAUAGCUCAGGCUUCUACAGUGGCACAAACUAUGUUGAUAUUGUCGGCCCAUUCUCCAGACGAGGAGUAUAUUGGGAAGAAGAUAGAGCCAGCUUGGGCUGAGGACCCCAUCAUAGCCAAAGCCUUUGACAAGUUUAAAAUGAAGUUGGAUAAAAUGGAAAAGACUAUCGACCUAAGGAAUGAAAACAACGAGUUGAAGAAUAGGCGUGGAGCUGGGCUUGUGCCUUAUGAGGUUCUUAAACCAACUUCAGGUUUUGGGGUUACAGGAAAGGGAGUUCCAUACAGCGUCUCUACUUGAGCUACGUCCUCUCUCCGUAUUCAAUCAUCCUUUCAGUCUUUUUACUUUCAUUUGGAAUAAUAAGAUGUAAUUUUCAUUUUGUUUGCGUCUUUUAUCUCAUGCACAUGAUAUUAUUAUAAUAAUUUAAAUAUCAAGUAAUUUAUCUUUACAUUUCAA